AAGAAUUUUCUGAUCACCGUGGAUGUGUCUCAUAAUUUUCCUCGUUAUUUUUCCCAAACAUUGAAAAGGAACGCCAAGAGAAAAAAAACCCUAGAGAGAACCAUGGGGACGCCAGAGACAUCAAGGGAGCCCUGCCCGGACCGAAUCCUCGACGACAUCGGCGGAGCUUUCGCUAUGGGGGCCGUGGGCGGCUCGGCCUUCCACUUCAUCAAGGGCGUUUACAACUCCCCAGGCGGGGCUCGCAUCCUCGGCGGCUCGCAGGCCGUGCGGCUCAACGCGCCGCGUGUCGGCGGCAGCUUCGCAGUCUGGGGCGGCCUAUUCUCCGCCUUUGACUGCACCAUGGUCUUCGUGCGCCAGAAGGAGGACCCCUGGAAUUCCAUCGUGGCCGGCGCCGCCACAGGAGGCUUCCUCUCCAUGCGACAGGGACUAGGCGCCUCUGCUCGCUCGGCAGCCUUCGGCGGCGUUCUCUUGGCGCUCAUCGAAGGCGCUGGGAUCAUGCUCAACCGUAUGUUCAGCGCGCAGCAACAGAUGCCUGUGAUCCUCGAAGAGCCCGGGCCCAAUAUGCCCCCUCUCCCGGGCUUCAUGGGCCAGCCCCAGUCCAUGCCGGAACCGGCCUCGGCGGCUGGGUCUUCUUCUCCAGAUUCAGGUUCGGGGUGGCUUGGAGGGUGGUUCGGCGGACCGAAGAAGGAGUCUUCGGCAGGGACGAGUAGCGGAAGCGAGACGAAGAUCUUGGAGAGCUUCGAUGCACCUCCGGUGCCGAGUUUUGAGUACAAGUGACAAAGGGAAGGUUUUGAUUUGAGGGGCAUGGUUUUGGACCAGGGAAGUCAAGGGUUUAUGUUAGGUUUUUUCUCGCACUUGAAAUUUAUAUCACAAUUGUUCUUCUUUCGUGAUUGCUGUGACUGGUCGACAAGAUUUUAUUCUCUCCUCGAAGCUUUAAAGUUUCGUAAGGGCGGGACACGGUAGAAUACGUAUUUUGAUACUGGUGUAUGCAGAAAUUAGAUGCAAAGAAUGAUUAUAUCUUUGGUCUGUUCUAAAUAAUUUUGUGAUGUUUUUCAAUUUUCCACUUUGAUGCUGGCAUGCUAUAUAAUAUGCCAGUUUUCUAAGUGAGAUAGAAGAAUUUCUGACCUGUGAACCAGUUUCAUUGUUGGGUUGGAUGUAUCUGGUAUGCCAUCUACUUUUUGUAUAUGGUGGAGAUUUAACC